AGCCUUGCAAUUCAGUGCAGUUUUUGCAAUGGCUUUAUUUACAUUUAUUUUAUUCUUUUCAAUAUGCAUCUUGGGUUUAGGGCUGUAUUUGAAAAAACUCAGUAAAGAAUACUAUUUAUUGGCAGCUUGUAAACGCAUGAAAACGGUGGAUGGCAGUAAGGUAUCGGAUAAGGUGUAUAUAGUACCGGGACGCACUAUUUUCGGCAACAAUUUCGAUAUAUUACAUUCAAAUCCCGAGGAUAUUUUCAAUUUUUGUCGCGACAUCUAUCAACGCACAAAAGAUAAAUCCUAUGUCUUGUUAUAUUACACCGGUUGUAUUUACUCCAUAACAAGUCCGGAAGCAGUGCAAGAAGUUUUCCAAAGUCAGACAUUAAUAACAAAAGGUUUAAUUUAUGAUUUUGUGCGUCCAUUUCUGGGCAACGGUUUGCUUGUGAGUAGAGGUCAACAUUGGCAUAACAGACGCAAAUUGCUCACACCAGCUUUUCACUUUAAUAUAUUGCAGAGUUUCAAUGAAGUUUUCAAAAGUGAAUCUUUAAAACUUGUGCACUUAUUGAGCGCAAAGAAGGAUCAAAAUGUGAAUUUAAAUGAAAUAAUAUCGGCAUUCACUUUAAAUAGUGUUUGUGAAACCGCGCUUGGCGUAUCCUUGGAUGACAUAUCGGGCAGCAGCGAGUAUCGCAAGACCAUACAUGAGUUAGAGUUAGUGAUGGUCGAUCGGCUGUGCAAUCCGUUCAUGUAUUUUAAUUGGAUAUUCUAUUUGUUUGGCGAUUAUAAAGGAUUUUACAAGAAUUUAAAGGUGGCACACGACUUCAGUAGUAAGAUUAUACAAAAGAAACGCGAAGAAUUUCAAAAAAGUCAAGCUGCUACCACCACUGCGCAUGAAAAUGAUGUUGAGAUUGGUAAACGCAAACGUUACGCCAUGUUGGAUACACUUUUCCAAGCCGAGUCGCAAGGUGUAAUCGAUCAUCAGGGUAUUUGUGAUGAAGUGAAUACGUUUAUGUUUGAGGGAUAUGAUACAACUGCAACGUGCCUCAUAUUUUUACUACUCAAUUUAGCCGUACACCCGGAUAUACAAGAUGCAUGUUAUCGCGAAGUCAAAAACUGCGAUUUGCCAGCACUGAGUAUAUUCGAGUUUAAUCAGUUGGAAUAUCUGGAAUGUGUUAUAAAAGAAACGCUACGUCUCUAUCCCUCUGUGCCAUUUAUUCAGCGUCAUUGCAUAGAAGACACAGAACUCAAUGGUGUGAUUUUGUCCGCCGGCAGUCAGAUUAAUAUACACAUAUACGAUAUAAUGCGAGACGAACGACAUUUUCCGAAUCCUUCAAAAUUCGAUCCUGACCGAUUUUUACCCGAAAAUAGUUUGAAUCGUCAUCCGUUUGCAUUUGUGCCCUUCAGUGCUGGUGCACGGAAUUGCAUUGGUCAAAGAUUUGCUAUGCUAGAGAUUAAAGCAUUGCUGGUGGGUAUUUUACAAAAUUUCCGGCUGCUGCCCGUCACAACGCUGGAGGAUAUACGCUUAGAAAAUGGUUUGGUGUUACGCACAAAGGAAAAUGUGAUAGUUAGAAUGGCUAAAAGAGUCAAUUGAAGACAGUAUCCAUAAUUGUUUCCACGACGGUCGGGUAUAUGUAACCGAAACUGAAGUAACCAAGAACUACCAAUUUGGCCGCAUCACUCAAAAUUUUUUCAGAACGGUUUUUUUGGCACAACAAAAACAACACUAAUACUACAACUACCCAUACUUCAAUCCACAGAGGUGGCCUGCAUGUUUAUACAAAAGUUGAAUUCUAUUAAUGGAAUUGGUUAUAUCUAACUUAAAAAGUUAUUGGGCAUGGUAUAUGCUUUUUCAAAUUAUAAAUUAAACAUAUAUAUUCUUCCUGUUUCCGUAAGAUCACCGGAAGCGGCAGCAAAAUCUACAAUUUUAUUUAGUAAAGCUGAUAAUCAAAUUUUUACCUGAAAUCAAUCACAGCCGUAGUAUUUAUUUGUUUAAAUUACUGAUUCAAGUAAAUACAAUACUAUUAACUGCUAAAUUUCAGUAAAAUCACAUAAAAUAUACACUUUUCAGAAAUUUUUAGUCCAACGCUUGACAAACGUCCAAAUACACCGAUUUUUAGCGUUCUUCUUCUACUAUUCCCGCCAACAAAGCGCGCCAUCUACCUACGAAUAGCAUAUACCAAUGCAAUAAACAUAUGACAGAGCGAGACAGCCAUACUUCACAUGGCAUUUGACAAUUUCACGAAUUUUUGUGAGCAGAAUUCCAAUUGGCAUUAUGUGAGCAGGAGAGCGUAAAACGCUCCCAACAAAACGCAACGGCAAUAUGGAAACACACAUAUACAAAUACACCUGCAUGGAAUGCCUGCAUUUUGCGAAAAAAAAAUCACUGAAGCCAUAAAAGUUCCGAUUGCCGUAAUUGACAAACCCUGCACAUUUUCGUUGCAAUUUCGUAUGCACUGGUAUAUAUAAUCAUUGCUAAAUGCACUUACCAUACUCAGACUCCAAUAGGAAUGCGGUAAAAAGCACAAAACUAAAAACAGAAGCGCGACUGCGUCCGCGAUACAACAACACUUCGGCCAUUUUUAAUUGAAAUUGAAACUAGGAGAUUUUGAUGUGUUCUCUGGUUGGAAACUGCUUGAGAAAAUCAAAACACACUUUGAAAAAUGUACGGAAUGACAGCUGCAAAGAGUAGAUGGGAAAAGUAAACACACGGUUGCAUUUUUUAUCGAAUGGAGUAGCUUUUAUCGAACAGCUUUGGUGAUAAAUUUAUUGCGAUGCACAUACAUACAAAUGCACAUAACGAGUUGUGUAUGAUAAGAGCAAUUAAACAAAAAUUGUUUCAAACAUUAAUUCAAAACUAUAAAGAAAUGCUAAUAUUUUCUAAAAUACUAUCUAAACAAUUAAACAGUUCAUUUUAAAAAAGAACAGCGCUUUUAUUUUAUCUCAUCCAUUAUACAUUACAACGUAUAACUUCAAUUUUUUUUUUACACACAGCUUCUUUUAAAAUAUAACCAACCCGUCCAAUGUUAAUCCGCUACAAUGUUUACUUCUUGGAUUUGCCAGUGGAUUUCUGGAUGGGUUUCUUGGCAGCCGACUUGCCUCCCGCUGAUUUGCUGGCUUGUGCCUUGGCGGGUUUCUU